AACGUGAACAUAAACAGUCCGGAGCAAAGAUAGAGCGAGCGAAGCGGGUCAUGAGGAUUUCUUGGCGAGAUUCUGGAUGGUCCCUGAUUGUCUGAGGAACAUUUGCCAUUCUUUUUUAAUGUCUUUUGCAAAGAUGUCUGCAGGAAGGACCAUGGAAGGUGCAGGUUGUUCUACGUGGUGGGGCUUUAGCCCAGCUUUAGAUCUCCUAGACGUUGGUCCAGAGAGACAACAGGGAGAGGUGAAUAUCUUACUUGUGGGCUGCAGUGACCCUCGGCACAUCCUUAAGACUAUUGCUGGUAUGAAAGACACAGACACACUAUCGGUGUGGGUAAUUGAGAACAGUACGGAAGUUGUGGCACGACAGUUGCUUCUUCUCUUCCUUUCGUUAACCUCAACCAACGGCUUGGGGAUGCAUGAAAAGGUGGAAGUGUUUCUAGAGGUAUUUGGGAACUCAGAGAUUCGUAAUCAGACUGAAGAAAUCCUAAGAUAUGCUGCCACUCAGCUCUCGUUAUCAGUAUCUGACAUGCUUAGUACACAAAUUCAUCCCUGCCUGGACACAGGGCUCCUUAAGUAUAAGGAAAGAGAUGAGUUGGCAUGGAUCUUCAAGCAAUGGCUGAAACCUCCAUCACAUGGCCCACUUAUGAGUAAGGCCUGGGAUGGUCGUGUGAGGCAGUAUUUGGGCUCCCGAUAUGACUCUAAACAUGGCUGUUAUGACUGGGAUCUCACCAUGAAGCUUUAUCAGAAAGGGUGUGGUGUCAUCAGUAAGCAACAGUAUGUGAAGUGGCGGGAUACAGGUUUGGCUUUUGAGCUUAGAGAAGGAAAUUACCAAAUAGCCAAUCAAAGUCUGCUCUCCAACCGCAUAUUUGGUCAUAGGAGUGGGAAGGUUGCAGUAAGAGGAUACUGGGGUGACAUUGUAACCAGCCCAUACCUUUGUUUUGGCAUUGAGACGGAUGACAAGAAGCUACUCAAAAAGCACAACAACCAGCAUGUUAAGACAGCACAAGACAUCUCCUUUGCAAAUGUGCUGGCACUGUUCCAGGCCCUAUCCAACAGGGGGAGCCCUCCGACAGCUUGUCUGCAGGCCAGUAAAAACAACAACCGAGAGGAAAGUCAGUCCCAAACAUCUGAGAUACAGUUAGAGUCAAAUUCUUCAGCUAGUCACAGAAAAGAAGAACUUCAAAAACAUUAUGACCAUCCAAUCGGUGGCAUUUCAGAGGAAUGCCAGCCUCAUUCAGAGACGAAGGAGAAAGCCAUGCAUUAUGAGCUCAUGACUGUGAAUGGUGUGAGGGUUUUCUUCCUCCCUCUUGACUCUCUAUCAAAACUCCCUGAGAAGCAAAGAUAUUCCCAGUUCUUUAAUACCAUCUAUUGUUCAGCUAGCAUGGCCCAUACCUUAAAACCAUCUCUGAAAUUAAUAAGCGCAUCUGAAGCCAUUCUCAUAGUGGAGCUGGGCAAGUACCUGCUGGACCUGUCCAAAGAGCAAGAGGCUGGUUUUACGCAGAAAAUAAAAGAAAUCACUCUAACGGCAGGUUUCAGUCCUACACUGGAGAGCACCAGUGAUGUGCAUGCUGUGUUCACACUGCAGCAACAAUGAUAACGUCAAGGUGAUGUAUUCAACAUAUUGAGGAUGGAGGACAUAUGGAUAUAUUAAUUAUAUUGUGUGUUGCCUCUGUUUCUGGAGUGACAUGCAGUGUCAUAAGUGAUGCUGUAGCAUCUUGUGGUUGUGGCUUUCUUUUUAAACUUUAUGAUUAAAAUCUUUCUGUAGUGAAGAUAAAAUGGAA